AUGUCUGCAGAAGAUUCUGUUACAGAGGUUAAAAAGAAAAGUAUCUCAAUAGAUGGGUCACCGGCACGAGCGUCAUGGGGCAGCCCUUUGGAGUUUAUCCUGGCUUGUCUGGGCUAUGCCGUCGGCUUGGGCAAUGUCUGGAGAUUCCCGUACCUGUGCUAUAGAAAUGGAGGAGGUGCCUUUCUCAUACCAUUCUUCCUCAUGUUGGUACUAAUUGGUCUGCCGCUUUUCUACCUAGAACUUUAUAUCGGCCAGUACACAGCCCUCGGUCCAAUAAAAGCCUUCAGUUCCAUUGCGCCGUUCUUCACUGGCGUGGGCUACUGUACUCUGGUGGUGAUCAGCAUUAUAUCAGUGUACUACAUGAUAAUAGUCGCCUGGACGCUCUUCUAUACUAUCGUUUCUAUCGCUGGGUUCAUUGACUGGGGAUCCUGUGAGAACAGCUUCAAUACAGACUUUUGUUACAGCGGUCAGUACGAUGCGGAUUGUCGAGAGAACAACACCGGCCUCGCUACUGACCUGACGUACUACCUCCGUCAGUGCAUGCCUAUUGGAGAUAUCUGCCAGAUGAACGGAUUCACACCCUACGAUGCUUUAUACUGCCAAGACGGUGAUAACCUCAUACCGUGGUACACCAAUGUGACUAGGACUCUUGCUGCUGAGGAGUACUAUAAUGAAAGAGUGCUUGGUAGAGGUGACGCUACCUGGGAAAAUUGGGGAAGCAUACAGUGGCAUCUAGUUGGAUGUCUCUUUGGUUCAUGGCUUAUUGCAUUCUUCUGCGUCAUCAAGGGAGUACAAUCGGCGGGGAAAGUGGUAUAUUUCACGGCACUUUUUCCCUACGUCAUGUUGACGGCGUUGUUCGUUCGGGGAAUCACGCUGGAGGGAGCGGUCGACGGCAUCACAUUCUACCUGUCGCCUAAUUGGGAAACUUUAUUGGAAGCACGCGUUUGGGGCGACGCCGCCUCGCAGAUUUUCUACUCAUUCGGAGUAGCGUGCGGGUCCCUCGUGACGUUGGCGUCGUACAACAACUUCCGCAACAACUGUCACUUUGACGCGGUGUUCGUGUCGCUCGCGAACUUCAUGACGUCGAUCUACGCCGGGUUCGCGAUCUUCUCGGUGCUCGGCUUCCAAGCGCAGCUCAUGGGUGUCAGCGUUGAUGAUGUGGCCGAACAGGGUCCCGGGCUGGCGUUCGUGGCGUACCCUGAGGCUCUGCUGCAGAUGCCGAUCGCGCGGUUCUGGUCCAUCAUGUUCUUCACCAUGCUGUUCAUACUGGGUCUGGGCAGCCAGUUCGCUGGUAUAGAAGCUAUUAACACAGCCAUCGUGGAUCAGUGGCCGCAGUUUAGGAACAGAUACUGGAUGGUGACGGGGUUCACGUGUACCACGUGUUUCGUGCUGGGGCUGCCGAUGUGCUUCAGCGGUGGCGUGUACCUCUUCACCCUGCUGGACUGGAACACCGCCUCCUGGGCUAUACUGCUUAUUGGUAUCGCUGAGGCCACAGCUGUCUCCUGGAGUUAUGGCAUCAACAGAGCGAUUAAGGACCUGGAGUCGAUGGACAUGAAGUUCAACAAGGUGCUGCGGUUCUACUGGAAGGCCGUGUGGACCGUCACCGUGCCUGUAGCUAGUCUCGGAAUUUUAAUAUUUGUGUUGGCUGAUUGGACGGCGCCGGCAUACGAGGAUUAUGUUUUCCCACUGUUUGCGGAUAUACUGGGCUGGCUCGUCGGCUUCUCCACUCUGAUAUGCUUCCCGCUCGGCCUGUGCUGGGUCUGGUACCAUGGCUAUAGAGGCAAAAGCCUAUUUUCCCCGCUAGCACUAUGGAAACCGGCAGACAAGACGGUGCACGGCCCUCGCUCUGACUCCGUGGUGUCAAUGAACCCCGCUCAUGAAGGAGAAUACGACAAUUUGGGCUAUAUCAUGUAAUAUAAGUUAUAGGAAGAUAGCGCUUAGCAGCUAAUAAAUAGACGCCAAUAUUGUAAACAGACUUUACAAAUACCGUAGACAUGGAAUGGACUGAGAAGGACGGAAA